AUGUUGGCUGGUUGUUCUAGUUCCACAUUGUUGUCACCUAGGACUAGAUUGAGAAGCGAGUCAGCAGCAGCAGCAGCAGCACAGUUUCCAGCUUGUCAUUUCCAGUUACCAUCAAUGAGCACACAGAGAUUGGACUUGCCAUGUUCAUUCUCUCGGAAAGAGUCCACAAGAUCACAGCACAUUAGGCCCGUUGGAGUCGUCGGCCUUUCAGUUGACAACAAGCCACUCGAAUCCAAGACCAGCACUUGUUCUCUCAGGCAGAACAUCCGGCUCCCUCCAUUGGCAAUAGCAACAGUUGAUCAGUCAGAUUUCAAGGAUGAGUUUUGGGACAGGGGAGGUAACAACAUUUCGAAGAGGAAGAAGAGGUUUGCAGCAGAUGACGACGAGUCUUGCAACAUCAGGGCCAAGAGGAAGAAAGGUGAGUCUACUGAUGUUCAUGAAGGAGGUGGUGAUGGUGUGAGAUUAGGCCAGUUUGGUGGUGCAAAUUUCUGGUUUCAACCAGGUUUUCUUCACGUCCCUAGAGGCACAAACGACCCAUCACAACUUCCUUUCUCCUUGACAUGUUCAGGGGAAGAUGAAAGGGUUUGCUAUGUCCCUAGUGAAUUGAUUACACCGCCUCUGCCACCAUUGUCCAACAACAACCCAUGGGUUGACUCGGUUAUAACUGAGAUUACUGACGUAGGGGAGAACUAUGGAGAGAGCAGCCGGAUCCCAGUGAAAGAAGCUUCUUCAGGCUCAAGUCCUUCAUCAGAAAGUCAAAGCUUGGGGCACAGGUCAUUAAGUGAGAAUGUUGAGGAGCAUGAAGUGGGCAAUGGCUCAAGCAAUCCUCACCAUGCCCAACCAGGAGCAACUGCCGAUGCUGCAGCGGAGGACGAUCAGCAAGGAGAAUAUCGGGGUUUCGAGUUAGUCAGCUUGCUCACAUCUUGUGUUGAAGCAAUCGGGGCAAAGAACAUUGCAGGGGUAAACCAUUUCAUUUCCAAGUUGGGGGAGCUUGCUUCUCCUAGGGGGAAUUCGAUCAGCAGGCUGAGUGCUUACUACACUGAGGCUCUGUCCCUCAGGGUUACAAGGACUUGGCCACACGUAUUCCAUCUCAACAUUCCACGUGACCUUGAACGGGUUGAAGAUGAUUCAGGCACUGGAUUAAGGCUUCUGAAUCAGGUGAGCCCAAUCCCAAAAUUCGUACACUUCACUGCCAAUGAGAUAUUGUUGAAGGCAUUCGAAGGGAAAGACAGGGUUCACAUCAUUGACUUCGACAUCAAGCAAGGUCUUCAGUGGCCUAGCUUGUUUCAGAGCUUGGCAUCUAGAGGCAACCGACCGAGCCACGUUAGACUCACCGGAGUUGGAGAAUCGAAGAUGGAGCUUAACGAGACCGGUGACAGGCUAGCUGGAUUUGCGGAGGCGCUGAACUUGCCAUUCGAGUUCCAUCCUGUUGUUGAUAGGUUGGAAGAUGUGAGGCUAUGGAUGCUUCAUGUAAAAGAAGGAGAAACUGUUGCAGUGAAUUGUCUCUUCCAGAUGCACAAGACACUGUACGACACCAGUGGAGUAGCAAUGAGGGAUUUCCUGGGAUUGCUCAAGAGCACGAACCCGGUAACGGUGGUGAUGGCAGAGCAGGAAGCAGAGCAUAACGGCCUCAGCUUGGAAUCCAGAGUAUGUAAUUCAUUGAAAUACUACUCUACAGUAUUUGACUCCAUUGAUUCUGGCCUACCAUUGGAGAGUCCAGUGAGGAUGAAGGUAGAGGAAAUGUUUGCAAAGGAGAUCAGGAAUAUAGUUGCUUGCGAAGGGAUUGACAGACUUGAGAGACAUGAGAAGUUUGGGAAAUGGAGGAGCUUAAUGGAGCAUGGCGGGUUUCGGUGUAACGGGAUCAGUGAGAGGGAGUUUCUUCAGGGGCAGAUGUUGUUGAAGAUGUAUCCCUCUGGGAGCUAUGGAGUUCUGAAGCAGCAGCAAGGGCAGGAAGACGGCAGCGUGGCAGCACUCACUCUGACUUGGUUGGAAGAGCCGCUCUACACAGUCUCAGCAUGGACACCUGUGGACAACAUUGCAGGAAGCUCGUCCUCGUUUUCUCAACCUUAA